CUGUCCUAUUGGUAGAGCCAAUUUGGUUUGUAACAUCAACCAAUAGCGAAGCAUUUUCUAACCCAAGUUGGUGCAAACCCGGUCGGACCGAAAAACGCUAUAAGUAUAUUUUUAUCUCACAAUUUUCGGUGACCGGGAUAUUCUUAACAUUUACUAUCCGCUUGAAAAUUUAUUUCUAGAUAUUAAAAUGUAUGCUUUAACUCAUAAAACAGAAAAUGCCCAUGAGGAUAGUAUAUGGACUUGCGGAUGGGGUUGUCCAAAAAGGAAGAAAGAACAUCUGGAUAAUGAAGAUUCACGUGAUUCUGUACAGUCUAAUGAAGACAAGACAGCAGAAUAUCUUGUAACAGCUUCUGUGGAUGAUUCUGUGAAAGUAUGGGAACUGAAGGAGGGUGCUUUGAAGUUAAAACAUAAGUUAACUGGAUAUUCCUUAGGAGUUGUAUCCAUAGCUAUUAGCUCAGAUGGAUCAAAAUGUGCCUCUAGUUCACUUGAUUCGAGUCUGAAAUUAUGGGACUUAUAUUCUGGUGAUAAGUUAUUGAACAUUGAAGUUGGUCCAGUAGACAUUUGGACUUUAGUCUUUUCUCCAGAUGAUAAAUUCAUUGUAUCUGGCAGUCACGCUGGUAAGAUACAUCUAUAUGGAACUGAUAAUGGUAAACAAGAACAGACUUUAGAUACAAGAGGUGGAAAAUUUACAUUAAGUGUAGCCUAUAGUCCUGAUGGUAAAUAUAUUGCAAGCGGCGCAAUAGAUGGCAUUAUUAAUAUCUUCGAUGUUGCCUAUGGAAAAGUUUUACGUACCCUGGAAGGUCAUGCGAUGCCUAUCAGAUCUUUAUGUUUCUCACCCGACUCUCAGUUGCUUCUUACAGCAUCUGACGAUGGACAUAUGAAACUAUAUGAUGUCAAAGAUGCAAAUCUAGCAGGAACGAUGUCAGGCCAUGCUUCUUGGGUACUUGGUGUGGCUUUCUCACCAGAUGGACAGCAAUUUGCAUCAAGUAGUUCCGAUCAUACAGUCAAGAUCUGGGAAUUAGCACAAAGACAAUGUUUGCAUACAUUUCGUGAACAUAAGGAUCAAGUCUGGUCAGUUAAGUAUAAUCCACAGCGAAAUAAUAUAAUUGCGUCAGUAUCUGAGGAUAAAUCUAUUAAUUUAUACGAAUGUCCUUUAUAUGAGAAAUAAUUGCAUUAAGGAUCAAUAUCAUAAUUGCAUUAAGAAUCAAUAAAUAUUUUUUGUCUAUACUGUUUAUUCUGUUUAUUG